AUGCUCGUUCGAAAGCUAUUCAACUGGCAAUCGCUUGCCAUUUCAUCUUCACUUGCUAAUCGAUGUAUUUCGACAAGUUCGUAUCGUUUGGCUUCGGAUAAAGAAUUCGUUCAUCGUGACACCAAAGAAAAUAAUCUCGAUGUAAAAUUUGAUUUUACACCGGAGAACUACAAACGAGUCGAAGCUAUCAUGGCUAUGUACCCCGAAGGACAUAAAUCUGCAGCGGUUAUACCAUUACUCGACCUCGCCCAACGACAACAUAACGGUUGGUUGCCAUUAUCAGCUAUGAAUAAAGUUGCUGAAGUACUUAAAAUGGCUCGCAUGCGUGUUUAUGAGGUUGCGACAUUCUAUACGAUGUUCAAUCGAAAUCCAAUCGGAAAAUAUCAUAUUCAAGUAUGUACAACAACGCCAUGUUGGUUAUGCAAUUCCGAUGGAAUUUUGAAAGCCAUCGAGGGUAAAUUAGGUAUUCAUGUUGGUCAAACAACAUCGGACGGUUUAUUUACAUUAUCUGAAGCUGAAUGUUUGGGAGCAUGUGUCAACGCACCCAUGCUAUCGAUUAACGACGAUUAUUAUGAAGAUCUAACAGAAAAAGAUAUUGUUGAGAUUUUAGAUGAAAUUAAACAAGGCGGCAAACCCAAAGCUGGUCCUCGAUCAAAACGUUAUGCAGCUGAGCCGGUUCAUGGACUUACAUCAUUAACUGAACCACCCAAAGGACCCGGUUUUCGACUCCGUAAAGAACUCCAAUAA